AUGUUUCUCCACCAGUACGACUACAUCUUCGCCAUCGGCACGUUGUUUGCCAUGCUUGAUGCAUACAACAACGGUGCAAACGAUGUCGCCAAUUCCUGGGCUACCAGUGUCUCCUCCCGUUCCAUCACAUACCGCCAGGCGAUGAUCCUUGGGACUAUCUUCGAGUUCCUCGGCGCAGUCACUGUCGGUGCUCGUACUGCCGAUACCAUCAAGAACGGCAUCAUCCCCAACACAGCCUUCCAGGGCAAUGCCGGUGUCCAAAUGCUUGCAUUCACCUGUGCCCUUGCCGCUGCAUCCUCCUGGGUCAUGUGGUGCACCCGCCACUCCGCUCAUGUCUCGUCAACAUACUCCCUUAUCUCUGCCGUCGCUGGUGUCGGUGUUGCAACUGUCGGUGCUUCCCAGGUCCAGUGGGGUUGGAACGAUGGCAAGGGUCUCGGUGCCAUCUUCGCCGGUCUGGGCAUGGCCCCCGUCAUUUCUGGUUGCUUCGCUUCCUUGAUCUUCUUGCUCAUCAAAUUCACGGUGCACACACGCAAGAAUCCUAUCAGAUGGGCCGUCUGGAGCGCUCCUUUCUUCUUCCUGGUUGCUGCCACCAUUUGCACACUCUCCAUUGUGUACAAAGGUUCUCCUAACCUGGGCCUGUCCAAGAGGCCUCCCUGGUACAUUGCUGCUGUCACCAUGGGUACCGGUGGUGGCGUCGCCAUUCUGUCCGCUAUCUUCUUCGUUCCCUUCUUGCACUCCCGCGUGAUCAAGAAGGACCCCAGCGUUAAAUGGUGGAUGAUCAUCCAGGGCCCUCUUCUCUUCAACCGCCCGGUUCCCACUGAUUCCGAGCUGGCCCAGGUCCCGAACUAUGCAGUGAUCCAGGAGGACUCCGAGCCCGAGCUCAACAACAGGCUCGACGAGAAGGAGCCCAAGACCGGUGUCGCCUCCAUCACACCCUCUUCAGACGAGCAAUCUGUAGACAAGCUCGAGGCCAACCAGCUGUCUUACCGCGAGCUCUUGGCCGAAUCUGAUGCCCGACACAACGCCAAGCUUCUCAAGAGCCGCGGUCCCCUUGGCUGGGGUAUGCGCCUUCUCCGCGACAACCCCAUGGGCCCUGGCGAGAUCUACGAGCUCCGAAAUAUGAAGCAGAUGGCCAAGCGUCUCCCCGCCGUCAUCACUGUCGGACUUCUCUACGGCUUCCACUACGACAUCCACGGAGCCCAGAGUGGUAUCGAGGGCACACCGGAGGGUGUACGCAUGAAGCGUGUCUAUGCUCAUGCCAAGAAAUACCCCAACGAGGUCGAGCACACCUACUCCUUCAUCCAGAUCAUCACUGCUUGCACUGCGUCUUUCGCCCACGGUGCCAACGACAUCGGUAAUUCGGUAGGACCCUGGGCUGCCAUUUAUUCGGCCUGGUCCACUGGCACUCCAGUUGCCUCUAAGGCCCCUGUUCCGGUGUGGCAGCUCGCCGUUCUGGCUCUUUGCAUUUCUGUUGGUCUCUGCACGUACGGAUACAAUAUCAUGAAAGUUAUGGGUAACAAAAUCACCUACCAUUCUCCUUCCCGUGGCUCCUCCAUGGAAAUGGGCGCAGCCCUCACCGUUUUGGUCUUCUCGCAGUACUCGCUGCCCGUCUCAACGUCCAUGUGCAUCACCGGUGCCACCGUCGGUGUCGGGCUCUGCAAUGGAACUUUCAAGGCCGUCAACUUCCAGCGUGUUGGGCUUUUGAUGCUUGCUUGGAUUAUGACUAUUCCUAUCGCUGGUACGAUUGGUGGAUGUCUGAUGGGGCUGGUCCUUAACGCUCCUCACUUUGGGGCUUAG